CCUUCUCCAUCCGGGUGCUGCGGCGCGGAUAAGAGCCGGACCGCGCCUGCGCGCCCAGCCCCACUCCUUCGACCUCUGCCGCCGUAGCUGCCGCCGCCACCUCCCGAGAAGAGAGGAAGCGGGAGAGGAGCCCACGACGCUUGUCAUCCGAGUCCUCCAGCCGCGCCGCCCCGAAGUGUGUAAGAUGUUCGCCUGCGCCAAGCUCGCCUGCUCCCCCGCUCUGAUCCGAGCUGGAUCCAGAGUUGUGUACAGACCAAUUUCUGCAUCAGUGUUAUCUCGACCUGAGGCAAGGACUGGAGAGGGCUCUACGGUAUUUAAUGGGGCCCACAAUGGUGCCUCUCAGCUAACCCAGAGGGGAUUUCAGACCAGUGUAAUCAGCAGAGACAUUGAUACUGCUGCCAAAUUUAUUGGUGCCGGUGCUGCAACAGUAGGAGUGGCUGGUUCUGGUGCUGGUAUUGGAACAGUCUUUGGCAGCCUUAUCAUUGGUUAUGCCAGAAACCCAUCGCUGAAGCAGCAACUGUUCUCCUAUGCUAUCCUGGGAUUUGCCUUGUCUGAAGCUAUGGGUCUCUUUUGUUUAAUGGUUGCUUUCUUGAUUUUGUUUGCCAUGUAACAGAAAUUACUGCUUGAAAUAUUGGCAUACAUAUUAAUUAAGGAUGUAAUUCUGUGUAUUUUACUGUGGCCCCAAAAACUAGUGUUGGUGUCAUGGAAAUGUACGUUAUUUCCAAAGUCAUUUCAUUAAAGUUAAAAACUUUAAUUUUUGCUGUGAUCUGUACUUAUCUAAAUUUAGAUUGUCACAAAGAAGAAAGAGCAUGCAUUCAAGCGGAUGCUGUUCAGUUCAGAAGAAGCUACAGUAAUUGCCCUGCUGAUGAAAACAAUCCUACUGUAAUUUUUAUGGGAAUUUUAUAUAGUGUUCUUCACAUUGUAAUUUGGAGGGCUUUUGUUUAUUCAUAAAAGGAGAAAAAUG